GGAAACUGAGAAUUGUAUUGGCUUAUUUUGUUUCUUCUCCUCCCAAGGGAGAGAAAAAUCGCAAGAAAUAAUAAGAAUUUGGCUGUCAUCUAACUGGAGUUGAUCGAGUCCCUUCUUCCCAAAUCAAAUUUGGAAGAACCCUUUAAACCCAGUCAUGGAUUUAGACUUGGAAUCAAUGGCAUCGGCGAUCGGGGUAUCAAUUCCAGUUUUACGAUUUUUACUCUGCUUUGUAGCGACGAUUCCAGUGAGUUUUAUGCACCGCCUCGCGCCUGGUAGUCUCGGUAAACAUUUGUAUGCUGCUUUGACUGGGGCUUUCUUGUCAUACCUAUCAUUUGGGUUCUCUUCAAAUCUUCACUUUUUGGUGCCUAUGUUAUUGGGUUACGCUUCCAUGGUUCUGUUUCGCUCUCACUGUGGAAUCUUGGUUUUCCUUUUGGGUUUCGGUUAUCUCAUUGGCUGCCAUGUUUAUUACAUGAGUGGAGAUGCAUGGAAGGAAGGAGGCAUUGAUGCUACUGGGGCCUUAAUGGUGUUAACACUGAAAGUCAUAUCAUGCGCGAUAAAUUACAAAGAUGGAUUACUAAAAGAGGAAGAGUUACAGGGAUCACAGAAGAAAAACCGUCUGAUUAAACUGCCGUCUUUGAUUGAGUACUUUGGUUAUUGCCUCUGCUGUGGUAGCCACUUUGCCGGUCCUGUUUAUGAAAUGAAGGACUAUCUUGAAUGGACUGAAAGGAAGGGGAUAUGGGCUGGCACAGAGAAAGGACCCUCACCAUCACCUUUUGGGGCAACAAUUCGAGCUAUCCUUCAAGCUGCUAUUUGCAUGGUCAUUCAUUUAUACUUGGUGCCCCACUAUCCUUUAUCCCGGUUCACUGAUCCUGUGUACCAAGAAUGGGGCUUCUGGAAACGAUUAACUUAUCAGUAUAUGUCAGGUUUAACAGCACGUUGGAAAUACUACUUCAUCUGGUCAAUUUCCGAGGCCUCCAUUAUUAUCUCUGGAUUGGGUUUCAGUGGUUGGACAGAUACUUCUCCACCAAAGCCACAGUGGGAUCGCGCUAGAAACGUUGACAUUCUAGGUGUUGAGUUUGCAAAGAGUGCAGCUGAGUUGCCACUUGUGUGGAACAUACAAGUCAGCACAUGGCUUCGCCACUAUGUUUAUGAUCGACUUGUUCCAAAGGGAAAGAAAGCUGGUUUCCUUCAGUUGUUGGCCACUCAGACUACCAGUGCUGUUUGGCAUGGAUUAUAUCCUGGAUACAUUAUAUUCUUUGUCCAGUCAGCAUUAAUGAUUGCAGGUUCGAAAGUCAUAUACAGAUGGCAACAAGCUAUACCUUCAAAUAAGGCUCUUGAAAAGAAGAUACUAGUGUUUAUGAACUUUGCUUACACAGUUUUGGUUCUAAAUUACUCCUGUGUUGGUUUCAUGGUUUUAAGCUUGCAUGAAACGAUUGCAGCAUAUGGAAGUGUAUAUUUUAUUGGCACCAUAGUGCCCGUUGUAUUUUUCCUCCUUGGCUUCAUUAUUAAACCAGCAAGGCCUUCCAGGUCUAAAACACGGAAGGAUGAGUGAGGUAGAAACUGUUUUUCUUCUCCUUCGGGUGCUUGAAAUUGGAUGAAGAGAAUGGAAGAUGGCUACUGGUUUCCUGUAGCCGUUGAUGUGUAACAUUUCUUUUUUGAGUUCAGAAAUUACUGGUGUCCGAAUUUUAAGAGUAAUCAAGUUUUCCUCAGUUUCAAUUUGC